UUCUAUGUUGUGGUGCAACUUUUGUCCUAAAGAUGAUGCAAAACUGUGAAAUGAAAACCUCAGCGAAAAUGCUAUAUAAUAGAAAGGUGUUAUCAAACGUUGUUAAAGAUUCGACUGUGGCUUCGUGCGCUACGGAACCGAGAAAUUUUUACGUACCGAAAAUCAGAGAGGCAAAAUUCUUGGUAAAGUUUAUACCUUCGCUGCAAAAUGGCGGGAGAAAACGAGAUGGAUAUUGUUUUUAUCUUGGGACCAAAAAGAUGUGUCCAGCGAUCUUAUAACCAUUUAAAGGCAGAUUUUGCCAAAGUUUUCCACCAUGCCAGGAUAGCUACAAUCCGAUUUACCAAUCGCUUCGAGAGUUCUUUGAAUCGUAUGGCGUUUUUCUGUCAAACUUCUAUGUUUCGAAGCUCAGAUAUUUUGGUAAUGGAACCCAGAGAAACUUGUAGCAGUGCCGUCGAGACACAGGGAAACCCUAUACAUCGAGCGGCUUUGCUAGAUUACCGCGAAAAGGCUGUGAAACUGUGCUUCUAUAUCGGUGACAUGCUUCCCUUCAUAGAAGACUUUUCUCAAGAGAGGUUAACAAACAAUGAAACUUUGACAAAUGAACAGUUGAAUAAGAUAAAAGCCAACAACAAAACCAGUUCUGACAAGGAUAAAUCAGAAAUGGAGAGAAAGCUAGAAGAUCUGCUUGAAGUUGACCCACUGAUUUCAUGCCACAUGUUAGCUGCGAAGGGCGUGGUCUUAUAUGCCAUCGAGAAGGACCAUGCUACCCCAAUUCAAAGGGAUACAUUUAAUGCUAUGGUGUAUGCAACAGGGGGACAAUACUUACAAGUGCCAAGGGCUGCGAGUAUCCCUAAGGUUAUCAAGAAGUGCAUUGUGGAGGAGUUGUUUCUAGAUAUUUUUGUCCCCCACUGCAGGGAUUUUUUAUGUGAGCAGUGGUACAGCUGGGGUAGAAAGAGAACCAGAAUUCCACAAACAAUGGAUGAACUGACAGAAAAUGUGCACAACAACUUGCUUACAAAUGGUGCUAUAGCCAAAGAAGUUCUACAUAAAGGAGAAGUCACUGAAAUUUCAAAAAAAAUAGCUUCACUAUCCACCCUUAUUUUAGCAAGAAAACUAACACACAACACAACAACAGAUACUGAAUGGUUGAAUAUUGCAGAUGAAGUUAUUCCAGGUUAUGUAACAGAAAAAAAGCAAGCAGUGUCUGAGGUGACAUUGUCUGGGUUAAAGCCUAUAUCCAAGAAUCAGGCAUCUAGGUUGUUGGUGAGAGCACUUAAGAGAAGGACAGAUGCAGUUCAACUAAGGCGGGAAUCUAAUCAGGAAACUGGUUCUUGUUCACCAAAGCUAGACUUAAAUAAUAAUGGUUCAAAUGUAUCACAUGUCAAAGUGAGAGACAGCUUUGGAGAAUACCAUGACAUUGAUCCAUGUUCUCAGGUAAUCAUAAGGGGGGAAGACACUGAUCUGAAGGAAAAGUUCGGGGGCAUUAAUAUGCUUGGUAUAAAUUCAAAGAUAUUGGCCCAGGUAGAUGACGUACCAAUGAAUAGAUGUGUAUGUAUAAUAGGUUAGUAACAUAAUGAGAAGUAUGUUGUUUUAAUGAAAGCACCAAAAUUAGUCAAAGUAUUAAAAAACUGUUUAUUAAA